CUUCUUGCGAUGAGGUGUUAGUAGUUUUUGUCAUGGAUGCAAUGGUUUGCUCGAUUGCUUUUAAACUUUGCCUCGUCUCCUCCAUGUCUUAUGAAGAUGGUAUUGAUUUGGUAACAAUCAUCAAGGGAACUAGCUUCUAUUGUUGUGGAAAAUACCAUGACUGUUGUCAGAUUACAUGCCACUUACACCUGCUGAAUUCAAGAAGUUAUAUGAAUCAAAUAGUGCCAUCACAUAUAAGUCUUGAUUCUGGAUUUCUCAACUGACUUGUUCCUGGAUGGAUGGUUAAAUGCUGCUCUUAGCCCUGUGAUGCUCUCAACUACGAAGGAUGGUAAGGUGGCGAAGGGUCUUGCUGGGGUUCCAUUGGAGGGACCCGUCCUGUACAUUGGUUAUCACACGUUAGUGGGACUAGAAGUUAUUCCCUUGGUAUCUGAAUUUCCUACUCAGAGAAAUAUCCUCUUGCGAGGGAUAGCACAUCCAAUGUUGUUUGAAAGAUUGAGAGAAGCAGGUUAUCUGAUGUAUCAACCUGACUCAAUACAAUUAAUGGUGGCAGUUCCUGUUUCAGGAACAAAUUUCUACAAGCUUGUCUCUGCAAAAUCUCAUAGCCUGUUGUUCCCUGGAGGGUUGGGUGAGGCUCUUCACAGGAAGGGUGAAGCAUACAAGUUAUUUUGGCCAGAAAAGUCCGAGAGUUUGUCAGGAUGGCUGCUAGAUUUGGAGCCAAAAUAGUACCAUUUGGUGUUGGAGCAGAUGAUUUUGCUGAAGUAAUUUUUAUUAUAAUGAUCAAAUGAAGAUACCUUACUUUAGGGAUUUUAUAGAAGAUUUGACAGAAGAGGCUGUGGUAUUGAGUUAUAUAUUCUGAUCGACUCUUAAAUUACAAAAUGCAAUCAAUGUCCAUUUGAUGA